AUGUCGCGGCCCGCGACAAGCUCCAAAGAACCUCUCUUUCUACGGGACUCGUCCGAAGACCCCGAGUCCUGCUCCGACACAGAAGAACCCAAGCUCACUGUCAGUGAGCUGGAGCGCCGUUUGAGCAAGCAAAGCAAGGAUCUCACCGCAAAGUUCAGGCAGAUGCUCAAGCGGCCGAAGCCUGUUCAGAGGGAGAUCGAGGAGUUGCGGAAGAAUCUGAGGGGCGUGAUGGAUCUCGAAGAGUGGGAGACGGCGUCGGAUGCCGACAUCCUACGCAAAGCCGUCGAGGCCGUCAGCAACUACAAGGCCCUACGCUCUAGGCACCGGACUCUCCUCGAGACCAAGAACGAGAACGAGGCGCUCGCUGCUGCCGACCGCAAACGGCUGGAAGAAACAGAGUUGAGAUUGUUGAAGGCCAAAGAAAGAAUAAAGGGCUUGUCGGACACGCUAGAUCACUAUAGAGCGACGGAGAAAGAGUUGCAACGCGACUUAAGAAAGGCGGGCUGGCUUCGGCGAUAUGAUUGA